AUGGAGACAGAAUCCAAUUCCAGUUUCCAGUUCCCUCCUGGUUUCAGGUUCCACCCUUCUGACGAAGAGCUCAUCGUUCAUUACUUGCUAAACAAAGUGAAAUCACGCCAAUUGCCAGCAUCCGUUAUCACUGAAAUAGAACUAUAUAACUAUAAUCCAUGGGAUCUACCCAAGAAGGCUUUGUUUGGAGAAGAAGAAUGGUAUUUCUUUAGCCCGAGAGACAGGAAGUACCCUAAUGGAGCAAGGCCUAAGAGAUCAGCAGCUUCAGGAUAUUGGAAAGCUACUGGGACAGACAAGCCCAUUCUUACUUCUUCUGGAUCAAAAAGAAUUGGGGUCAAGAAAGCUCUAGUCUUUUAUACAGGAAGGCCUCCAAAAGGAAUGAAGACAGAUUGGAUAAUGAAUGAGUACAGAUUGCCCGAGACAAUGAAUCGACCAUCAAAGUUAAAAGCAUCCAUGAGAUUGGAUGAUUGGGUAUUAUGUCGGGUUCGACAAAAAGGCAACAUGUCAAAGAACACAUGGGAAGUUGGAAGCCCCAGAAAGGAACCGGUGGGGUGCUUGUCCAAGAUUCAGGAGCUCCCUUCCCCACAAAAAGAGCCUUAUCCAGAUGUUAUAACAGAUUAUUUACUAUACAAAGAUUGCCAUCCAUUACCUUACAUGCUUGACAGUCAAACUCUUCCUCCUAUGGAGACCAUUUCAAGUCCAAGUUUUCAAUACAACAACGAGGGCAACAAUUGUGGUUCAAGCUACCAAGACAACUUUUUCAGCCCAUCCAAGGCAAAGCUCGCCAACGAGGUAAGAGGCUACCAGAAUGUCCUUCCAUCUACGAAGAUGGUAAGCAAUGACAACAAAAAUGAGGAUCUUCUACCAGGCAAUACACUACCCACCAAGAAUACAAACUUAUACAGUCACAGUCCGUCUCAAGGAGACAUCUUCAACCCUAAUCCAUCGGACGCCAUCAUUACAUUACAGGAGCUUAAUCAGUCUUUCUUCACCGAAAGAUUUCUACAGCAAUAG